AUGUUUGUGGAAGCCGAAGAGCUGAAUCAGGACGACUUUAAGUGGAUAGAAACGGGUGGUUUUGGAUUGGUGUAUCGAGUGAACGGAAGGGAACCCCCAACCGCCUUGAAAAUCAUUCAAAAACGACACGAUAAAGAUCUAGAGCUUUUCCAACGGGAAUUCGAGAAUAUAAAAGCUCUUCAACAUGAGCAUAUCGUCGAGUAUUAUGGGAUCGGCUUCUGGAGACAACAAUUCGAUGAUGUAGAGGCGAUCAACUAUGGUAUCAUGAUGGAGCUUUGCAAACGAGGCUCUUUGACCAACUGGUUAUACAAGAAGACUUUCGUCUAUUCAAUAGAAACGGUCAUCUGGUGGUCCCAUCAACUCUUCAGUGCUCUGGCCUAUUUGGAGGAACGGCGAACCGUUCAUCGAGAUCUCAAACCAGCCAAUGUCCUCGUUUGUGAUGACUUCCGAUUGAAACUCUGUGAUUUUGGGACGACAAAAGUGAACGAACAAACUUGUACAGCACAUUCACUUGUUGGAACCACUCGAUACAUGAGUCCCGAGCAGCAAGAGAAAGCCCCAGGAGAUCCCGGGAAACGACAGGUUUCUCGCCGUAGCGAUGUUUAUUGUAUGGGUCUUAUUUUAUGGGAAAUCAUUGAAAGGAGAAAAGUCUUCUACUUCUACGGUGACUAUUUUGAUUACGCAAAAGCCGGAGAAGCACAGGAACUCCAUGACGAUUUUUGUCAUAAUGACUCUGACUUGUUGCCACAAAGUGAUGAAACGCAAAUGAAACUUUUGAAACCGAUCGGUUUCGAUGGGAGUCGAGAGCGACGGAUGACCGUUGACGAAUAUGAAUCAUCGAAAGAGAGUCUAUCCGACAUUCUGCAUUCGAGAAUCUCAUCGAUAUCAAGUGAUUGGUCAAGAGCGGGCUCGUCGAUGCUUAAAGCGACUGAGUCACUUAAUACCGACUCGUCAUCAGCGCCAUUCUCUUACAUUCGAGGAGCAUACUUUACGAACUGGUCGCAACACAAAACAGGACGAGCGCGUUUUUCACCCAAUGAUUACAUUCCUGGUAUCUGCACUCAUCUCUUUUACGCCUUUUCGAAAUUUGAUACCAACUUCAAAGUUGGAGCACUCGAAGAAAAUGAUCUCGACUUGUUGAAUGGCGAUCGUGGACAAUACAAGUUGCUGAAUGAUCUUAAAAAGAAACAGCCUGAUCUUAAAAUUCUUUUGUCGAUUGGUGGAGCGGCGUUUGGGACAAAACUGUUUGAGGCAAUGACUUCAACAAGAGCAAAUCGAGAAAUUUUCAUUGCAUCCGCAAUUUCGUGGGUCAGAGAACAUAGCUUUGACGGAAUCGAUAUUUGCUGGCAACAGCCGAGAAAUCAGGAUCAAGACAAUUACGCGAAUCUGUUAUCGGAACUUCGAGAAGCAAUCGAAUCUGAGGAGGUGGCAGCGUUUGGCCGAGAGAAACUGUUGUUAUCGGCUGCGGUGUCGCCGAUUGGUCAUCGAAUGAAGUCGUAUAACAUUCCCAGUAUGGCCAAAUCUCUCGAUUUCGUGAACCUUUUAUGUUUCCACUAUUGGCAUUCGGUCUAUGAGCAGACGACGGGAAUGAUCUCACCGCUUUACGGUCGAAAAGGACUAUCUGCUGAGGACUCUGAGCGGAAUAUUAAUUGGUCAGCUCAUCAAUGGCAUCAUCGGGGCUUUCCCAAACACAAAAUCCUCAUCGGUGUCCCGACUUUUGGGCACGGUUGGGAUUUAUGGGACACAUCAAAAAACGAGCCCGGUUCACGUGACAAUCAUCCCACCGACAGCCUGCCCGAUUCCAACGAGCGAGGCUGCAUUGCCUACUAUGAAGUUUGUGAUCUGCUAGACGGCGGUUUGAAAAGCUCUUGGCAUGAUGAGCACAAAGUUCCAUGGUUGGUCGAGAACGGGAGAUGGUGGACCUACGACUGUCCUCAAUCGGUUGCAAUAAAGAUGCAGUUCAUCCGAACAAAUGGCUUUGGAGGAGCCACGGCUUGGUGUCUUGAUCUCGACGAUUUCAAGGGUCUAUCCCAGCAACAUGGUGGCAUCAAGUAUCCAUUGAUCGCCACAAUAGCAAAAGUACUGGGCAGGCCACAAAAC